AUGUCAACAAAUAUGUCAAUUGAAAUGGGAGCAACCCAUAUUGAUGUUGACAAUAACAACAAUGGAUCAACAUCAGGAGGAAGAGGAAUGGUAAAGUCAAAGUCACAAAUGCAAUUGAGACGUGCCGUUACCUUGACCUUUAAGGAACUAUCUUACAGCGUCGAAGUUAAAAAGAAGAAAAUGCAGAUUCUCAAUGGUAUCUCUGGUACAGUGUCACCAGGCGAGUUGGUCGGUGUAUUUGGUCCAUCUGGAUCCGGUAAAACCACUUUGCUGGAUAUCCUAGCAAAUAGAAAGGAAAGUGGAGCUGUUCAAGGUUCUGUAUUAAUCAAUGGUAAUCCAUUUGAUGAUGAAUAUAAAAGAUUAUGUAGUUAUGUUGUACAAGAAGAUAUUUUAUUACCGACAAUAUCGGUACGUGAAACAUUAAGAUUCUAUGCAGAUUUAAAGUUACCAACAAGUUGGACAAAUAAAGAAAAGGAGGAAAGAAUUACAUCGGUACUUGACCAAAUUGGACUGUCACAUCGUGCCGACGCAAAGAUUGGUGGUAUCUUGCCCGGUGGUAUUCAUGUUCGUGGGUUGUCUGGUGGUGAAAAGCGUCGUGUUACCAUUGGUUGUGCUUUGGUUACAUCUCCAUCCAUCAUGCUUUUGGAUGAGCCUACUAGUGGUUUGGACAGUUCAAGUUCAAUGACCGUCAUGAAAACAUUGGUAGAAUUGGCAACACAAAAAAAUAUUACCAUUAUUACAACUAUACAUCAACCACGUUCAGAGAUUUAUAAAUUAUUUACAAAGGUGUUGGUGUUGACAGAGGGACGUUUGGUGUACUAUGGCUCCGAGCCAGUCAGCCAUUUCGUGGCACUUGGCUAUCCAUUCCCAGAACAAACGAAUCCCGCCGAUUACAUUCUCGAUUCGGUCACCCAGAUUAAAGAGGCGGGUCGUGCCGACGAGAUUGGUGACAAGUUGUCGAGGUUACGAGCGGACUGUCAGCAUCGACGGAUAGGUGUAGGAGCAGGUGGCAAAAAGGAGAAAAUAAGUUCUUACAAUGUUGGUUUGUGGACACAGUUUUGGGUACUCUGGAAACGUACCGGUCUUGAUUUCCUUCGUAAUCCGGCCAACUCGAUUGUACGUUUUGUAGUGGCUGCCUUUGUCGGUUUGUUGUUUGGUGCUUGUUUUGCUAAUCUUCCCAUGUCAGAGUCUGGUGUCCAGUCGCGUGCCGCCGUUCUCUUUUAUCUUACCAUCAAUAUGGUUCUCCAGCCAUUCUGUUCCAUCUCUCUUUUCAUCUCCAAGCGUACACUUUUCAACGCUGAACGUGCCUCCAAACUCUACCACACUCUGCCAUACUACUUGGCACUCAUGUUUUUCGAGUGUAUGGCUUGUAUUAUUACCGCGCUCAUUCUCGGCACUAUCAGCUACUGGUUCUCGGGGUUGAAUCCAAACUUUGGCAGUUACUGUUUCUGCAUGGCUAUUCUCAUCCUCGCUCAUUUUGCCGGUGACUUUUUCAUCUUGUUUAUCUCGUGUCUCACCAUUCAAAUCGAUCCAACCUUUGCUAUUGGCGCCGGUGUCACCACCAUCUACCAGUUGUUUGCCGGUUUCUUUGUCACCAUCAACAACCUCCCCGUCUCUUUCCAAUGGAUUCACUAUCUCAACUUUAUCUACUAUGCUUUCGAAGCACUCAUGACCAACGAGUUCCAAGACCGUGCUCUUGACUGUCCAGAAGGCCAAAUUUGUCCCAACGGUAACGACGUCCUCGCCUCCUUUGGUUUCGAAGGUCGUUUCAAGGGUGAAGACAUGGCCAUCGUCUCUGCUUUUGCCAUCACAUUUUUCGUAAUGGUCUAUUAUUGUUUACAUCAUUUACAUAGAGAAAAGAGAUAA